UUAUUUUGAAGGUUUUGUCAUUGCUAUACGAAAAAGAUGUCAUAAUUUGUGCUGCUGGCAGAAUAGUAGUGCAGACAUUAGAAAAGGGAAACAAUACAGUUGUUGUCAUCAUGGCAGACCCUUGGAAAGAAUGCAUGGACCACUGCCUUGAGGUGACCAAAGAGGCUGGGAAGAUGAUCCGAGAAGCGUUGCAGAAGGACAUCUCAAUCAUGCAGAAGAGCUCUCCUGUGGACCUGGUCACUGAGACCGACCAGAAGGUGGAGCAGGUCAUCAUCUCCUCCAUCAAGGAGAGGUUCCCCACACACAGUUUUAUAGGUGAAGAGUCUGUAGCCGCGGGAGCACCCAGCAUCCUAACUGAUAACCCCACCUGGAUCAUCGACCCCAUUGAUGGGACCACCAACUUUGUCCACAGAUUCCCCUUUGUGUCUGUGUCGAUUGGCUUUGCUGUAAAGAAAGAGAUAGAGUUUGGCAUUGUCUACAGCUGCCAAGAGGACAAGAUGUACACAGCACGGAAGGGGAAAGGGUCAUUCUGUAACGGAGAACCCAUCAAAGUGUCUGGGCAGGAAGACAUCACCAAGUCCUUGGUCCUGACAGAGAUGGGCUUUAAGAAAGAUCCAGAGCACUUCAAAACCAUGAUGGGCAACAUCGAGACAAUCCUCACCAUCCCUGUACACGGCAUCCGCUCGCCGGGGAGUGCGGCGGUCAACAUGUGCCUGGUGGCGUGCGGAGCGGCUGAUGCUUACUACCACAUGGGAAUCCACUGCUGGGAUAUGGCUGGAGGAGCUGCCAUCAUUAGAGAGGCUGGGGGUGUCAUCAUGGACAUCUCAGGAGGUCCGUUUGACCUGAUGUCCAGGAGGCUGAUCAUUGCCAGCAGCAGAACCAUCGCAGAGCGCCUCUCCCAGGUGAUCAAAGAAUUCCCCGUAGGAAGGGACGACACCGAGGUCUAGAGUACCAUCACACGCACACACAGAUGGACAGACGGACGGCUGCAGAUGCAUGCACACACAGCCGGAAGCACGUGCACACACACACACACAUACACACGUUUAGAUAAGGCAGGUCGGGAUCCUCUCUGCGUCUUAACUGUUAAACUGGUGGUAUUAACCUUUCUCUGAAUGCACCUCAGUGGAUUUGCGAAAACCUAUCAAUGAAGACCAACUUUAUUAAUUUAAUUUACUGUUAGCCACUCAAAGGCUUUGACUUGCAUCUCAUUUUAUUUGGGCAUUUAAGUGAGAACAAGAUUAGGAAAUGUGGUCAUUGUAGACCAAGCCAUUUUCUGUCUCAAUGAUACACUACAUGGCCAAAGGGAUGUGGACAACACUUCAAAUUAGUGGAUUCGGCUAUUUCAGCCACACUCGUUGC